AUGGCACGGUCAGUCCAAGCCGCGUUGAUUGUCGCCGUUGGUUUGAUUUGGACGAAGUGCUUGCCGUCCUUCUGUGGCAUUCAGGGAGUGCAACCCCGUGAGAGCUUGAUUGCUUGCAAGGGUUGGCGCCUGGAUAAGAUGGAGGUGGGCCCUGGUGGGAUUGGACAACUUGUGGUUGCAGAGGGCUUCUUCAUCGGCGAGAAGGACAUGUUCAAAGUCUUGAAUAAACAAGGCAGGCGCUAUCGGCUGCGUCCUUCUGCAGAGGACCGCAAGGCCGGCAAAAACGUGCCAGGAAUCUUCCAGCUUGGUCCAUUCAAGCUUCAUUUGGAGCAAUGUUUUCGGGGUUCGGGUGGCGAUGUGGAUGCACCUCGUCCAGAAGGCUAUUCUGGCAAUGGAGGCAUGGCAGGCUGGGCUGAGGAGCUGCCUGUGAAGAAACUGGGCUAUGGCAGGUAG